UCAGAGAUCAGCUGUGGUUAUCUGGCAGCAGUGCUGAAGUCCAACCCCUCCCAUCUGAGAGAGCUGGACCUGAGCUACAACAACCUGCAGGGUUCAGGAGUGAAGCAUCUGUGUGGUUUCCUGGAGAGUCCAGGAUGUAAACUUGAAACUCUGAGAUUGAUGGACUGUGGUUUGUCAGAGAUCAGCUGUGAUUAUCUGGCAGCAGCGCUGAAGUCCAACCCCUCCCAUCUGAGAGCACUGGACCUGAGUAGUGGCUACUCCAUGUGUUCCACUAAGAAGAACAACAAGCUGCAGGGUUCAGGAGUGAAGCAUCUGUGUGGUUUCCUGGAGAAUCCAGGAUGUAAACUUGAAACUCUGAGAUUGAGUGACUGUGGUUUGUCAGAGAUCAGCUGUGAUUAUCUGGCAGCAGCACUGAAGUCCAACCCCUCCCAUCUGAGAGAGCUGGACCUGAGCUACAACAAGUUGCAGGAUUCAGGAGUGAAGCAUCUGUGUGGUUUUCUCGAGAAUCCAGGAUGUAAACUUGAAACUCUGAGAUUGAUGGACUGUGGUUUGUCAAAGAUCAGCUGUGAUUAUCUGGCAGCAGCACUGAAGUCCAACCCUUCCCAUCUGAGAGCGCUGGAGCUGAGCUUCAACGAGAAGCUGCAGGAUUCAGGAGUGAAGCGUCUGUGUGGUUUGCUGGAGAGUCCAGGAUGUAAACUUGAAACUCUGAGUUUGACGGGCUGUGGUUUGUCAAAGGUCAGCUGUGAUUAUCUGGCAGCAGCGCUGAAGUCCAACCCCUCCCAUCUGAGAGCGCUGGACCUGCAAUUAAACAAGCUGAAGGAUCCAAAUGUGAAGCAGCUGUUUGAUCUUCAGCAGAGUCCAGACUACAGACUGGAGUGGCUGGCGUGGAGCUGAUGAUGUUAAACAGGACGGUGUGCGUGCUGAGAAAGGAGGAGCUGUGUCCUGAUGAUCCAGAGAGGUUGAAGCAGCAGCAGCUUGUGUGUAGAGACGCUCUGACUGGGCCAUGUUACUGGGAGGUGGAGUGGAGAGCAGAGCUUCAUUCAGCAGUGACUGACAGAGGAAUGAAGUGCAGAUGACUGUCAGUG